UGGGAGAAGCUCAGCUCUCCUCCUCCUGCUGCUGCUCCUCCUCCUCCUCAGCAUCAGCGCUGUAGUCUGUUUACAAGGUAACUCCGCCAAACGGAGAAGACAUUUAUUUGCCUUAGCGGACGGUGGACCUGCAGCCCUGUAUACUAAACAGGAGAACGAGCUUUCCAUCAUGAACUGCGACAUCGACGGAGACAUGGAGAACCAGGUGGAGAUGGAGGAGAAGACGAGGUUAAUAAACCAAGUCCUGGAGCUUCAGCACACACUGGAAGACCUGUCAGCACGAGUCGACGCCGUCAAGGAGGAGAACCUGAAGUUGAAGUCGGAGAACCAGGUGCUGGGCCAGUACAUCGAGAACCUCAUGUCGGCCUCCAGCGUCUUCCAGACCACCGACACCAAGAGCAAGAGGAAGUGAGCCCCCCGUCGGCAGAGACUCCCCACCGGGGCGGCGGCGGCGGGUCGGUGUCCUCGGCAGACCUGGGCCUCUUCUCUCUAACCGCCUCCCUGAGUCUAAUUAUCAGCUAGCGGACUCUUCUCACCCCGUCGGCUCAAAGAUGAUGCGGCCCAGGGCUUCCCUUCGACACUACAGACGAGUCGGCAGACCCUUUAAAACAGAAUAACCCCGACUCUCCUCCUUAACCGUCUGUUUGUAAAAUAACUCUUAGCUCUGUUUUUUUAUUUCUUUUGUUUUCUGACAAACUGACCCCAAAUGAAAGCUAAAUGUUGACCCUCAUCGCCGACAACACUCGUUUUAUUUAUUACCGUUUGUGUUUUGUACGACAGCUGGAUGGAGUUUCCGUCGGUCUCGGGUGUCAUCUGAAAGCUCGACUGUAUUCCUCCGCUUCUCAGCAGUAUUAUGGAGAAUGAUAAAUGUACUAGGAAGGCAUGUGUUCGUGAUAUAUCUCUCUCUCUCUCUCUUUUUUCUUUUUUAGCAUAUCUAAUAAAACGCCAUUAAAUCACUGUAUAAAGCUACUGCUAAUCACUGGUAGGUGGGUUCUAGAUGUACAGGCACCUUAGAGAGCUCAUAAGCUAAAGCACAGACUAACAGCGGCGACGUUUUUAUGGAUUUAUUCAUGUUGUCUUGCAGCCCCUUUAAAUUUAGCGUUUGGGCCUAAAGCCCACACCGUAAGGUCAUAAAGGCAGCAGAGGCAAAGUGUUUUAAUCCAGCGAUGGAGGGAAACAGAGAGACGCUUUCUCCCGUUAACGGCCAGAACAAAAGCAGCAAAGCGGCCUUGAGUGCUAUCGAUCCGCUGAUGGGUUUCACUGCCGCCGCUGCAGCAGCGAGGAGGGGUGACGUUACUCGAUCCCUUUAAACUGGAGCUGAUCGGAGGAGGAAGCGAGCGAGGGAGGGAGGGAGGGAGGCUGUGAACUCUGUAUAUGCUGUAAUUUAUUGAGGUUAUUUUGAUAUUUGUACAGUUUCACCUGCACACAUCCCGGUUCCAUCUCGUCCUGUGUGUAGAAGCUCGUUGGCCUUCGAAAUGUUGUUUGGUUUGUUUGUUUUAAUAAAACCCUGAGAUCACUG